AGCUCUAAAAUGUUGCCAGUUGAUUAUAAUUGUUUCCUUAAUUUUGCCGAAUAUGCUGACGAAAGUCGUGAUAGUCCUUGGAUUUAUUGCUGGAACUUUAGCGGCCCGGAAGUUUCCAGACGAGUUUCUAUUUGGCGCAGCAACUUCUGCCUAUCAGAUUGAAGGUGCAUGGAAUGAAGAUGGGAAAGGCGAAAAUAUUUGGGACAAAUUCCUACAUGAUGCUAAUCGCGACAAUGGAGAUGUUGCUUGCGAUUCCUAUCAUAGAUGGGAGGAAGAUAUUGCAAAUGCCCAAGCUCUGGGAUUAGAUUCGUACAGAUUCUCAAUAGCAUGGUCCAGAAUACUUCCUAACGGCACCAUCAACUCAAUCAAUCGGAAAGCAAUCGACCAUUACGCUAAAUUAAUUAAGGGCCUGGUAGAAGCUGGAAUAGAACCUCUAAUCACCAUAUACCAUUGGGAUAUGCCUGAAUACAUUAGCCAACUGGGUGGCUUAUUGAAUAUCCAAUUUGUGGACUAUUUUGAGGACUUUGCACGGUUGCUCUUCCAAGAAUAUGGAUCGUAUGUAAAAUACUGGUUUACUAUAAACGAACCUCACGCUGUAUGUAGCGGAGGAUAUGGAUCGACACUUGUUGCUCCUGGAUUAAACCUGGUUGGGGAUGGUCUUUAUCAAUGCUCCUACAUAUUGUUGAAAGCACAUGCCAGAGUUUAUCAUAUUUACGACGAGGAAUUUAAACCUAAUUACGGCGGAAAGGUUGGAAUGGCUCUAAACACAAAUUGGUUCGAUCCUACCACGGACACUGCCGAAGACAUUGAGGCUCAAGAGCGCGUUCUGCAAUUCAUGUUGGGUUGGUGGGCUAAUCCGGUUUUUCUGGGCAACUGGCCGCAAAUAAUGAUAGAGAGGAUUGCAAGCCGAAGCGCAUUGGAGGGUUUUGCCCGAUCCCGUCUUCCAGUGUUCACUCAGGAAGAAAUCGAAUAUAUUAAUGGAACGUCCGACUUUUUUGGUCUAAACAGUUAUAAGGUUUACGAUGUUUCCAAUUCGGAGUCACCCAUUGGCAGUCCCAGCUACCGGCUGGACAUGGGCGCCACUUGGGACUCCACUAAUCCCCAAUCGCGACCCGAAAAAUUCAGAAGUUUGAUCAAAUUCAUCAAUGGCAGGUAUCAGCCUGGUUCGAUUAUGAUUUCUGAGAACGGACUUCAAACAGACGAUCAUCUAGAUGAUCAAGACAGAAUUUCCUAUAUGAGUGGUUUCUUGAAUAGUGUUCUUGACGCCAUUGAACUGGACAAUAUCAACGUUUUUGGUUACACAGCUUGGUCAUUGAUGGAUAAUUUCGAAUGGGGGUCUUAUGAACCCAAGUUUGGCUUAAUUCGUGUGGAUUUUGAGAGUGCUAAUAAAACCCGAACGUGGAAAGACUCGGCUAGAUGGUACCAGAAUCUUAUUGCAACAAGAUCAUUAGAGAACUAAAUAAUUGUAUGAAAUGUUCUAAAAAUGGAAAAUGUACUAAAGCAAUAAAAAUACAUAAAAACUGG